AUGCCAAUGUUUAUAAACCAAUGUCUCUCCAAUGAGUUAUUAUGCUACUCGAGAUGGUUUUGCUCUGUUGGGGGAGACAUCGUGGAGCAAAGCGUGCCGAUCAGUCUUCUCCGAGUGGUCGGUGCGCCUACGUCUCUCGUGAAAAACACGGGCGUGAUGACGAAUGGUAAUAAAUGCAAUGCACCUAUCGAAAUUGACACCGCGAUGAACAGCGAUACCACUAAACAAUUCAUCAAGAAAGAAACGCUGCGGAAGAUUAAGUCGAUCGGCGGUCACGUGGGCCUGCUGAUCACUUUGAUGCUUUACACAGCGAUUGGCGGAUUGGUUUUCCGGCAGAUCGAACUUCCGGCGGAGCUCAGGCGGCUCGAACGUUUACGCGCGAAAUUACGUAUGCAACGGUAUCGCUUUGUGGAGACUGUUUCCAACAGUACGGACGUAUUCAAUCUGCAUACCUUGGUGAGCGUGGAAUUGCGCACCUAUGAAGAAGCGGUUCAGGAAGCAGCGGAGGCAGGUCUCCUGAUCAGCUUCGUAACAGAUAUCACUGAUCGUCCUGAAUUUUCCGAAUUGGAACUACCACCCAUUGUGACGGAGAGAUGGAAUGUUCUUCAGGCGGUUUUCUUCGCCAGCACGGUCCUCACGACAAUCGGAUAUGGCAAUGUUGUGCCCUCGACCAACUGGGGAAGAAUUUUCUGCAUCUUUUUCGCUUUCGUCGGUAUACCUCUUACUUUGAUAGUGAUCGCUGACUGGGGAAAACUAUUCGCAAAUGCGGUAGUGCACGUCGGAUUGAUGGUGAAGUCAAAACUUCCGUUUCUCGCGAAGCUUUCGUUCAUCCCGACAAAUGUAACCGGUCGGCGGUCACUAGGUGCCUGUGCUGCCAUUAUGCUACUUUUCCUUUAUCUUGCCUGUGGAGCUGGUAUGUUUAUGCUGUGGGAGGAUGAUUGGGAUUUUUUCGAUGGAUUUUACUUUUGUUUUGUGACUAUGACUACUAUAGGUUUUGGCGAUCUCGUCCCAAAGAAGCCGAAGUACACUUUAUUGUGCACUCUAUACAUCUUGGUCGGCUUGGCGUUGACUAGCACCAUCAUCGAGCUCGUCAGACGACAGUACGCUCAGUCCUGGAGGAGAUUGCAAAGACUGAGUGGUCCAUUGGCUGAAGCUCUCAGGAAACUAGGCGAACAAGCAGGCGGCGAUAUGUCGGCGCUACACUCUGAUCUACGAAAAGUACUGACGGUUAUAUCUAUGCCGCGACUAAAGUGGUCGGCGUCCAUAGAUCGGAGCAUCACGAAAGAUCAGGAAUGGGAGGAAGCUGUGGAGGCAGUUCUGCGCGAUAUCGCAAUAUCCGGAACCCAAGCACCGUCACCCAAGAAGUCGAUCGUGCAAAUCGUCGUUUACGAGUCCAGCGUUUAA